UAUACGUACACGUCUGUGUGUAUAAUACAAUCUAGACAUACGUAACCAAUCUACACGUAGUAGGUGUCUAUCAACUGCCGAAGCAGAUAUUUAUAUUCUGCACUCGAAUCACAUCAGUCUAAGCUACUCACACACAUCAUUACAACAUGUCGUCUAUCUCUAACCCCCUAGUCGGUGGUUCCACUGGUGCCACACUAGAAGCACCUCCUGCGCCUAUGCACCAGACCCCACCCCCAGAGGCUGUCGCCCCGGUAGUGGCCGCCGCAGUCAAGGCUAAGGGUGAUUUGCCAUACCCUGGACCUUUCGAGAUCCUUCAUCAGGAAGUAAAAGGCAUUAUGGCACAAAACUAUCUCAUCGAUGGAGCUAAGGUGUCCGUAUCAAAGCCGAUCUCAGAGAACUUCCAGGUGUCGCAUUCCUUGAACAUGGGUGGACAAAACAACUACCACUUUGGCGUUAACUACUUCGGAACCCCUGCCCCCGGAAUUGAUAGCCCCAGCCCUGUCUUGAUUGGUGAUAUUGAUGGACAAGGUAACCUGAUGGCGCAGAUACAAUACAUGUUCAGCGAGAGAAUUAAAGGAAAAGCUGUAUACCAGACCCAAGGAGCAAAUGAUAUGACUAGUUUGGAGUUAGAGUACCGAGGAAAUGAUUUCUCAGCGGCUGUAAAGGCUAUCAACCCUGAUGUCGUUAGUGAGAACGGGACGUGGAUUGCCAACUACUGGCAAUCUGUCACACAGAGAAUCGCCGUCGGAGCCGAAGCCUUAUACCAGUACCACGAGGGUAUGGAAGACGGAGGCAUGUCACUCGGAAUCCGCUGGAAGGAUGACAAGUGCACUUCAUGUGUCAGUUUGGCGCCACAGGGAACGUUUGCCGUGUCGUACGGCCACCGAGUCAGUGACAAGGUCACCCUGGGUGUAGAGUUAGAGGGAAGUAUGGCGAGUAAAGAUAGCGUGGUUAACGUAGGUUACGAAUACAACCUACGCCAGAGCGCCGUGCGUGGACAGAUCGAUUCCCACGGUGUCGUAUCGGGUGUACUGGAGAACAAACUGGCCCCCGCCCUAUCUUUCUUGCUCACUGGACAGUUGGACCAUGCCUCAGGCAAGAGCAUGUUCGGCUUGGGAUUCGUCCUGGGCGCCUAAACUGUUUAGGGAUGGUUGUAAAGUGUGAGUAGAUAGCAGUAGCAACUGCCUAUCUUGCUUGUAUUUAAUUAAUUAGCUGAUACCCGUAUCCGAUAUGAUGUCGCGUUGUAGGGCUGUGGAUUGUAGUACUCUGGGCUGAUGUGAUCAAAACAAACGAUCGAUCGGUUUCACAGGAGAAACGGAAUGCGUUGUUUUUGGUACACACGGCAUUUGUACUCUCAAACACAUGCCAAUGCACGUCUCCGGAAGACGGGUGGAUCUGUACAGGGACUUUUAUAUAGGGAAAUUAAAUAAUUAAGAAGUGUCUGGUACACAUGACUUUGGG